AUGGACUCAUCGGCUGCCGACCGCAGUCUCCUCGACCGUCUCAACGCUCUGAAGCCGUCCGGAGUGGUUCUGGACAGGCCUUCGCAAACUGCUGCAGAUGCACCAGAAGCACGUGCAGAUGCGCUCGCUGCUCGGCUGCGGCUGCUCCGCCAGCACAGCGAACCCCAGGCUGAUGGUAAGCGCCAGGUCGUCUCCAACGCGGAUCCUUCGUCUCCUUUGCCACCAACCGCGCCGUCAGCGGUACAGGGCCACCAUGACGAGGACGACGACCCGUUGCUCUUCUCUGAUGAGCGAGCGCUCAACGACUUUUUGUUGGAUGACGAGGACGACGACAACGGCAGCUUCGUAUUGCUGCCGGACGUGCCACGGCAGCUUAGCCAAGAUGCGGACGAUGCAGAUGAUGCAGAUGACGAGAAAAAGGUCGCUGAUUUGCUAGGGAGCCUGGCCGGACCUGGAGCCGAAGGCAGCCAGGCCCAGCCCAGCUCCCGCCGCUCAGACGAGUCGGACGAGUCGGACGGUGACAACAUGGACCGCGAGGUGCGUCGUGUGGUGAGCCAAGCCCGAGAUGAAGCUCGAGCCGAUGCCGGUGAGCCAGACGACUCCUCGGAUCUGCAACUCCCCGCCGUCCCGACAGAGCUCGUCGACCGGCCGGAACGUGAUGCUGCCGACGACAUCGCCGAGCGCCUUGCUGCCCUCCGGGGCCUCAGCGGUCCCGAUGCCGGCCUCGGCCACACGGACGCCUUUGGCCUGCCGUCGGCGCCAACUUUUCGCCCAGGCGACGACAGAAAGAAGCCCGGCAGCAGCAGCAGCCGCUUCGGCUACACCGAAGAGGACCGCCGCUCCUGGUGCGUCGUCUGUCUCGAGGACGCCGCCGUGCGUUGUCUCGGCUGCGAUGACGACCCCUACUGCGCCCGCUGCUGGCGCGAGAUGCACGUCGGCCCUGCUGCAGGAUUCGACGAGCGCGGCCACAAACGCGUGCCUCUCUCUCGGGCCAGCCAGCCAUGA